CAAAAAGUUCUGGGCCUCCUUCAAGGUUAUGGGACGCAGCUUGCGCCAUUCCUUCGACAGAAUCGCAAACAUGGCGCAUUUAAUACGGCGUCCAGCACUGGGUUUAGCUCUCCGGUCGCCUUUCUUACAGACUCGAUCCUUUAGUCAUGGUCUCCCUCGCUGUGCCUUCAACAGCAGACAGCAGCCACAGCAGCCUAGGAUCCCAUCGGAGCGUAGUGUACGCAUUGCCGCCAAAGAGAUGAGCCAAAUGACGUCCGAUUUUGGCUUGCUACCAGACACCAUCGUCGCCCCGUCGAGUGCCAACCGUCCCUCCCUGCUCGCGUCCCCAAACGCCCUCGCCAAGUUACAAUGGGCACGAUUGAAGCGCAAAGCCGCCGAUCUUAUGAUAAUGACCAUAUAUCGAUGGUCCCACCGGAAGCAUGGCCUCAAAAUCCAUUUUCGGAAAACCGCACCAACGGCUGUAGCGCUACACCAGCAGAUGUAUACUGCCUUCGCCGAUGGCAACAUUGAGCUACUAAAGAAGAUAACCUGUGAAGGCCUCUAUGAAUCUUUCGCAUCGCGCAUCCACACGCGACCUCGCGGCGAGCGGUGGAAGUGGGAAGUGAUAAAGUACACGAGCAAGCCACGAGUAAUGAGUAAUCGCGCUGCGACGCUGCCAGUUGAUGAUGCUGGGGUUCGCCAGGCCGUCGUGCGUAUCUGCAGCAGGCAGAGGCUAAGUAGGUAUAAAGCGGAUGGGAGCCUGGUGGCGGGUACGGGCGAGGAGAGGGACGUAAUGGAAUAUGUGGUAAUUCAGAGAAUGCUGUGGGAGGGGAAAGAGAAUGACUGGAUGGUUUGGGGAACGACAGAGGAAACCACCUUGGAAGCCAUCGAGGAAGCUAAAAGAAAAGCACUGGAGUGAAGACGUGAAAGAUAAGGAAGGGCAAGUUUUGUACGAUAUUAACAUGCCAGCGUCAUUGCAUAAGUGCCAUGUAUAGAAACAAAGUGUAGAAUACUUCGAUCAGAACUAAAUAGAAGAAAACUCCCAAGACUAAUAACAUGUCGCGGUUGCCUCGUUAAUCAUGAAAAAAUCCAC